AUGUACAGGGCUUUUGUUGUCCUUGGGGCCGCGGCCACUGCGGCGGCCACUGCGCUGGCCACCACCACCACCACCACCUUGGAGGAGGCUUGCACGACCGCAAACGCCAAAGCUGCAAUCCCCGCCGAUGGCAUCCUCUCCGGCAUCACCUUCAACACGUCCUCGAUCUCCGUGGCGGUUACCAAGAACUCCUCCGUCACGGGCACGGACUACCCCUCCGCGGUCAUUGACUACUGCUCCGUGACCUUCAGCUACUCCCACCAAGGCGCGGGAGAUUCGGUGCAGCUUGAGCUGUGGCUUCCGGCCCCCGAGAACUUUGCCAACCGAUGGCUCUCGACUGGGGGUGGGGCCUUCGCGAUCAAUUCCGGCAGCAACUCGCUUCCCGGCGGAAUCAUCUACGGUGCGGCCGCCGGCAUCACCGACGGCGGAUUCGGCAGCUUCGACAACGAGCUCGACGAUGUCUUUCCGCUCGGCAAUGGUACUGCGAAUUGGCCGGCCGUGUACAUGUUCGGGUAUCAGGCCCACCAUGAGUUGUCCGUCAUUGGCAAGGCCUACGCGCGGAACUUCUUCAACAUGACGGCCACGGACAAGCUCUACAGCUAUUACCAGGGCUGCUCGGAAGGUGGCCGCGAGGGCUGGAGUCAGCUGCAGCGGUUUGCGGACGAGUGGGAUGGCGCCGUGACCGGCGCCCCCGCCUUCCGCUUCUCGCAGCAACAGAUCAACCAUAUGUUUCCCCCGGUGGUCGAGAAGACCUUGGGGUACUACCCUCCUCCCUGCGAGCUGGAACAGAUCAUGUACGAGACCAUUGACGCCUGUGAUGCCCUGGACGGUCGCAGCGACGGCGUGGUCUCCCGCACCGAUCUGUGCAAGCUGAACUUCAAUCUCACCUCCUUGGUCGGCACCCCAUACUCGUGCAACGUGUUGACCGGCAACGAGCCGGCGCAGAACGGGACGAUCACGGCGGAGGGUGUUGCUGUCGCCGAGACCAUCUUCAAGGGGCUGCACGACUCUGAGGGCCUUCAGGCCUACCUCUCCUUCCAGUACGGAACCUCGCUCGACGACGCCACCACCACCUACGACGAGACCACCGAGAGCUGGGGCCUCUCGACCGGGGUGAAUGGGGGCACCGAGUGGAUUGCGCGCUUCAUCGAACUCCAGGACUCGUCCAACCUGGAUUGGUCGAACUUCACCUACGACACCCUGCGCGACUACAUGUACGCCGGCUGGCAGAUGUACGAGGACACGCUGCAGACCUCGUGGCCGGACCUCGAGGCGACGCGCGACGCGGGCGUGAAGAUCCUCCACUUCCACGGGGAGUCUGACCCCAGUAUCCCCCCGGCUUCCUCGGUGCACUACCACGAAUCGGUCCGCCAGAUUCUGUACCCGGGGCUAUCCUUCAACGCUAGCACCAGCGCGCUGAGUGACUGGUACCGCCUGUUUUUGAUCCCCGGGGCGGCCCACUGUGCCGUCAAUCCCUACCAGGAUGGCCCCUGGCCGCAGACCAACCUGGCCACGCUGAUUGCCUGGGUGGAACAGGGGGUGGUGCCGGAGCGGUUGAACGCAACCUACACCACCGGGGCGGAUGAGGGCAAGAGCGCCGAGAUCUGCGCCUGGCCGCUGCGACCUCUGUGGUCCAACAACGCGACGACUUUCGACUGUGUGUAUGACCAGGCUUCCAUCGAUACCUGGAAGUACACCUUCGACUCCUACAAGGAGCCCUUGUACUGA